GGUUACACUGCCCAAGCCAUUAUUUAGGAGCUGGUCUUCGGCUGCUUUGGACCUCUGUUCAGUCUUCUUGUAUUCCCUGCGUUCUCCUGCUUGUCUUUUGUUCUCCACUGCUGUACUUCUUGCCUUCUUUUAUUUCCUGAAUUCUGCUAUUUGUCUUUCUCUCAGCUACCCUUUGUUUAUCCUCCUCCUGAAUUGACAUGAAUACCGAUUGGUCAUCUCCUUCAAACUAUGCAUGCGGACACAACUUACUUGAAGACCGCUUGAUCAUCUCGUUCGAUCUGUGCAUGCAGUCUAUCCUACACAGACAAGAAACGAAACAAAGGAAGGGCAUAAUCAAGCACCUCCUCACAUCAACUAGUGGGCAGCAAUUUAUCCCUGAUAUACCUGGCAAGGAGCUGGGAAUAACCAGCGAUGAAGCACUGGAACUUGGAGAUGUGCCUGAGAGCGUCUGCAUUGUGGGAGACAGCUACAUUGCACUCGAGUUUGCCUGUCUCUUCAAUGGGCUGGGAACAGAAACACACGUCGUGCAAAGGCAGCCAAAGGUGCUUCGUGGUUUCGAUGAGGAGGCAAGGGCACAGCUGGCAACCAAAGGGGUGGAAUUCCACACAGAGUGCUUGGCGGUGGCAAUUGAGAGAGAGACAACUGGCCAUCUAGCACUCACAACUGACAAGGGGGAGAGAGUGACAACCAAGGUGGUGAUCUAUGUGACUGGUCGAAAGUCAGCUGCAAUGGUAUUGCCACGUCAGCAGUGCCAGAUCAGCAGUGCCAGAUCAGCAGUGCCACGUCAGCAGUGCCACGUCACAGUGCCAAGUCACAGUGCCACGUCAGCAGCGCCACAUCACAGUGCCAGAUCAGCAGUGCCACGUCCGCAGUGCCAGAUCAGCAGUGCCACGUCCGCAGUGCCAGGUCACAUUGCCACGUCAGACAUACAGUGCCACGUAAGCAGUGCCACGUCAGACACAGUGCCACGUCAGACACAGUGCCACGUCAGCAGUGACGUUCAACACAGUGCCACGUCAGCAGUGACGUUCAACACAGUGCCACGUCAGCAGUGCCACGUCAGCAGUACCACGUCAGACGCAGUGCCACAUCAGCCGUGCCACCUGCAGUCGACGAACGCGGACGACAAUCCGAAGAUGUACAAGAUGCCAACUUUCAACCUGGAGAGGUUCGACGACUACACGCAGCAGGAUCCCGCUCUCUGGUGGGAAGCAUUCACAACGCAACUCAGGAUUCUGCCAGUAGCCAAGCAUGCGUACAUCGGCGCCCUGUUCCUGAACUCAAAGGGCGGAUGCCAGACCUGGUUGAGCCACCUGGCAACCUCCCACGGCGUCGACGUACCAGACUUAACGGACGUAAUCACAUGGGAGGAACUAACACGGCUGUGGAAGAAGCGGUUCAUCGUCGACGACGCGCCGGCACUCGCCAUCAACCGUUUGUUCACCAUGUCACAGGGCAACACAGCAACACGGGACUGGCUCACGGAGUGGCAGAAGAUUGCGGCUGUGCCCAAUCUGAACCUACCAUUCGAGCAUCUACGCCGUGAGUUCUACAACAGGUCCUGUGCGGCAUUGAGCCAGGCUCUUGGUGAUCGCGAGCAGUACUCAACCUUUGCGGAGAUCAUUGAUAAAGCGAGGGAGAUCAUCAAAACCAACAGGUCAGCUGCACACGAGAAAUCAACAUGGCAACCGACCUAUGUGGAGAAAGCACGAACUGGUCCGCGACAGCAGCACUUCGCUGCAGUCCAGCAGGACAGUGGAGAUAACCCAGCAGCCAUUCCAGUAUCAAGUGACGGAGAUCAGGUGGCCGCUGUCCAACCGCGAAGCACCAACAAGUCCCGUAACAAUGGGAAGGCGAAAUCCGCAUCGCAGGCCGGAAAUGGACAGCCAGGACAAUUUCCAUGGGUCAAGUUUGGCUUGACCGAGGCGGAGURCAAGAACAGAGUAUUAGUUCCAUGCACGGUGCCUCUGCCUCAUCCUUCGAUCAGCUGCCACGUGGUAUCCGCCGCAAGCAUGCGAGCUUCCAUCAUCAGAGACGACAUCGAGGAGAUGGGGGUGUGUUUUCUCCACGCCCUCCCACCACAUGACGCUUCAUCAACGGACUCACCUUCGGAUCCACGCAUCACCGAACUUCUCGACGCCUACAGCGACGUGUUCGAAGACCCGCAUGGAGUAGUACCGGACCGACCCAUCCGCCACGAGAUCAUCCUCGAGGACGGGGCCGCACCUCCGCGCGGUUGCAUCUACCGAAUGAGCGAGGAAGAGUUAAGUGUGCUUCGGGCACAACUCGACGACCUUCUAGAGAAAGGCUGGAUUCUGCCUAGCUCAUCGCCAUACGGUGCUCCUGUUCUCUUCGUCCGGAAGAAGAACAAGGACCUGCGGUUGUGCAUCGAUUAUCGCAAGCUCAACGCGCAGACGAUCAGGAACGCCGGCCCUCCCCCACGCAUCGACGACCUUCUCGAGCGAUUCGGCGGCGCCCAGUUCUUCUCUAAGUUGGAUCUCAAGUCAGGGUACCACCAACUCGAGAUUCGCAAGGAGGAUCGCUACAAGACCGCGUUCAACACUCGGUAUGGGCAUUUCGAAUGGCUGGUCAUGCCAUUUGGCCUUACGAAUGCCCGAGCCACUUUCCAAGCGGCUAUGACGACGGAGUUCCGACACAUGCUGGAUCGUUUCGUACUUAUAUACCUCGACGACAUUCUGGUUUACAGCCGGAGUCUGGACGAGCAUGUGGAACACCUGCGCACCGUUUUGGAGCGGCUACGACAGGCCAAGUACAAAGCAAACCGUGACAAGUGCGAGUUCGCACAGCAGGAGCUGGAGUUCUUGGGACACUAUGUGACGCCGCAAGGCAUCCGUCCGCUUGCGGACAAGAUCGAGGCCCUACGAGUAUGGCCCGAGCCCACCAACACCACGGACGUUCGUUCAUUCAUGGGGUUGGCGGGCUACUAUCAGCGAUUCAUCGCCGGAUACUCCAGGAUUGUUGCACCUAUGACGAGGUUACAGUCGCCARAGGUGCCAUUCGYAUUCGAUGACGACGCACGCSGGUCAUUMCAAGCACUUAAGACGGCUAUGCUCAUGGCACCCGUCCUUAGCAUUUAUGACCCCACCCUGCCGACACGAGUGAUUACGGACGCUUCCGGCUAUGGCAUUGGGGCAGUYUUGGAACAGCACGACGRCGAYGACUGGCACCCUGUGGAGWAUUUCAGCCACAAAGUGCCUCCCAUCAACUCGCUUGAUGAUGCAAGGAAGAAGGAGCUGCUCGCAUUCGUGAUGGCUCUCAAACGYUGGCGGCAYUUCCUCCUUGGGCGUCGUAGGUUCACAUGGAUCACAGACAACAAUCCAYUGACCUACUACAAGACGCAGGACACGGUGAGCAGCACGAUCGGACGAUGGAUGUACUUCAUCGACCAAUUUGACUUCACACCAAAGCAUGUCCCCGACCUCUCCAAUCGCGCAGCAGAUGCACUCUCGCGAAGACCUGAUCUUUGCGCUAUGACACAUCAUGCAUUCGCAUUCGACGAGGAGCUUCAACGACACUUAUCCGGGCAUAUCAGUCUUAUCCGGACUUCAGCACGCUCUAUGCACAGCUAUUUUCGGAUCACCUGCCGGCCAGCCAUUACCGCAUUGUCGACGGGUACUUGCUCCUCCACUCGAGAGGCAAGGACUUACUAUGUGUCCCACACGACCGUCAUCUUCGGACUCGCCUCCUCGGCGAGUACCAUGAUUCACGAUUCGCCGGCCAUUUCGGAGUCAACCRCACUAUUGCACGACUUCGACAGUGAUUCCGAUGGCCCGACCUCAUUACCGAUGACACUUGGUAUUGCGACUCUUGCGAAGUUUGCCGACGCAGCAAGCCCCGCAACCGCAAUCCCUACGGCGAGUUACACCCGAUGCCUAUCCCACGGGAACCCGGUCUCUCCAUUGCCAUGGACGUCACCGGAAGUUGCAGAUGGGGCGCACCUGAAUGUUGAUGAGAUGGAUGAUGCAGAGAUCCUCUGGGGAACCUUGAUUAAGGUAAACAAAUUGGCUUUGGGGGAAUUGAUGGCGGAAGAGAUUGUGAGAGCUGCGGUGCUAAGGGCCUUGUGGAUGCUGUGGAACGAGAGACGCAGGCAGGGAGCAUCCCCACCAUUGCAGGCAUAUCAGGAAAGAGUAUUGGAGAACAUCAGAGUGGCCCUCCUGGCGGACCUCCAUCGCUGUAGAUGCACAGGGGAACAGAUGGAGGUAGCCUUCUGUGAAAGAUGGGAAAGAUGUGACCCUUACCCUCAACUGGUGAUCUGGGACCCCCAGACGGGUCAGAUGGGGUUCGGGCCAUACUUGCGGCGCACCUAUGCUCUGCGCCGUGCGGUGCAUUCGGAGGACGAGUGUGAAGACAUGAUGUUCAUGCUCGUUCUCCUCGUGACCCAGUGGGUGAACAGGCGCAAUGCUGCGGCCAUGGCCGUGCUUGAAGUUGUCGCCAUCACCCCGUUCAUGUUUCGGGAUGUGUCGGGGAUGCUUACGAUGCUUUCAGGGGGGGGGGUUCACGACAUGGCGUUGAGCUGCUUGGCGGAGCAGGAGUUGGGAAGACACAUGAAAUGGAGAAGGCGAUUGUGGAUGGUGGAGCGUAGCGGAGGUUUGUGGAAGGACCUUCAAACGGUAGCAGGUGAUCAGCUUGAGCCUCUCUUUGUCAUUCUAAUAUAUGCAAGCUUUAAAGCUGUCUACUGUAGCUGGAGUGAAAUAAUGUCUUCUGAGGAGAAGUACAUCUGCAUUGCUGUGCAGGUUAGCAAUCCCUCUUGCAUGUCACUGCCAUCAAUUUGGGAGGGAGGAGGUGAUGAUUGGCAGAGUCUCUUGCCAGUGGCAUGGAAUGAGGCAAUUAAUUUUGUCAAAGUGGUGUUCAGGGAAGAGUCAUUUUCUCCAUGUCGAAGAUAUGUUCCAUUUGGGACAGCUGGGCUUUCUGGCAUGCAGGAUGGAAGGCAACCACUUCGGUCCAAGUCAGCGUCAUUUCUCAGCAUGCUGGAUGAAUCAUUUGGGAGAACGCUCACUGGUGUGAGCAACAACGUGCUGAUUGGAGUCCACAAGCUCUGUGCUGGUGGUGAAGAGUUAAUCGAGUUAGUCACUGGGCAGAGCAUGAUUGAAGCCAUGGAGAAAAUGAGAGACCAGCUUCUAUCCUUUACAACGCCAUAUCCUGUUCUCCAUUGCCUGAUUUCAGGGCAAGGCGAAAGUUUUUGCAUCGACGCUGGACUUGGUGAGUAUCGCAUGGAUGGGGGGUAUGAGCGAUCCGUGAAGGACAUCAUGAAAACCCUGCAGCAGCGUCUGGAGAAGCCUUGCGGGAUCCACUAUGAUGCGCUAGCAGAGAUUGCACGUGUGCUGGGAAUGGAGGAUCGUGAAGAUGCGGCAGCAGAGAUUGCACGUGUGCUGGGAAUGGAGGAUCAUCAAGCCAUGCGCGGUGAAGGUCCUGGCACACCAAUGAACAGUGUAAAAAAAGGUGCAGACGAUGCUUCGAAAAAUGGUACAACAAAGAAUGGGAGUGGUCUGUCCUCACCGUUGAGUGAAGUAACCAGUGACGAGGUGCCGUCAGAGGAGGCAACGACGUCGUCGCCCUCGGAUCCAGGGACGAUCAAUGGACAGGACGGGCAGACUUUGCGACCAGUCUCUCCAGCCCAGUUUCACUUGUUUUGUCCCUUUUCGCACCAGCUGAUGGAAUGCCCUGUGCGGCUGAAAGAGACGGGGAUUACGUUUGAGAGGAGUGCAAUUGAGGACUGGCUCGAAGGACACUCGACAUGUCCGUUGACAGGUACGCUGUUGAAAUGCAAAGAGCUGGUCGUGAACGAGACCGUUAGAAGACUUUGUGACGAAUAUAGGCUACAACACCAGGCUGCGGGGAACUCUAAUUCUUGCAAGCAGAGGACACCUGCACUUCUCGAUCCGCCCAGGCACACGUCUGUGCAAAAUGGAACUGGUUUGAAUUUGUCCGGGUUGAAUGCAUCGGGGUUGAUGUCUACCCCAGCAAGUACAGCGAGGGCUUCUCUCGAUGCCACACCUCCCGCAAGCCCGAGGAGUUGUGGCGACUCAGGACCCAUUCCAGUGGGCAGAGGAGGCCGGAGGCCUUCCUCGUUAUCGAUACCAACGUCCUCCUCGUGGAGAGAUGGGCCUCUUGGUAUGUUGCUGUCUCCUUCAUUGCGAACUCCGUGCUCCGUCUCAUCUAGCUACAGCGGAGGCGGAGGGCUUGCGUCGCCGUCGUUGACAAGCUCCCCCACUGGAAGCGCCUCAGGUCAAGACUAUCCGGCCAACUACUCGGAGUGCAAGGCAAGGGUGCAGAAACUUGUGGCAGACCUCAAUUCCAGCGCGGAUGCGGAGAAGCAGAGAAUUGUGGCAGAAGAGGUGAGAAGGCUGGCAGCCGACAGCUGGGAGACGAGGGCUUGCUUGUAUUACGGCAAGAUCGUGCCAGUGCUAAUGGGUACGCUUCGGAAGAGCGUGGAGCCGGAGGUGCAGCUAGCAGCGCUUCGAGCUCUGUUUAAUAUGCUGAUGGACAGCACAACGAAGGAGGCCUUAGUUCACCUCGGCGGUGUGCAGAUGCUGCUGAAGCUGGUGUCUAGGUCAAACCAAUUGGACGUGCGAGAGGAAGCAGCGGGGUGUUUGUAUAGUCUUUCCGUGCUGGACGUUGACGAGGAGCUGGCCGCGCUCAGACCCGCACUGGCUCCACUCAUUGAGAUUGCAAAAGUGGCAUCGCCCAAGGGAAGGGAUGAUGCAUUGAAAGCUUUGUGGAAUCUAUCGGUUGCAAAGGCAAACAAACAAAUCAUUGCCAAUGAGGGUUGCAUCCCCUUUCUGCUACAGCUGCUUGCGGAUAGAGAGGGUCUGUUGGAUCGCAAGAUGAUGAAGGUUGUAGCGUCUUUGCUUGACCGAGUGGCGAAGUGUCGGGAGGGUCAAUGGGCAAUCGCGAGUGCAGGUGGGAUUCCCAAACUGGCGGCACUAAUAUCGAAAGCGGAUUGUCCAGAGCAGGUGAAGGAAUACGUCAUAGGUGUGCUCGACUCGCUGUGGAUGGACCAUGACUCUGCGAUUUUGAAUGUCGUUGACACGACGGCAUUGACCAGCGUAACGGAGAAAGGUACGGAACGAGGGAGGAAGAAAGCAGGGGCAUUGCUGGAGAAAAUGGGCCAGCAGCAGGACUCUCUGCUGAAGCAGAUACAUAUGGAUAAAUGGGAGCACCAGGAGAGGUGGGGGAGUCGGCAGCAGGAAGAGAAACCCCAGGCAGUCCCUAUGCUUCAGGCAGGGCCAUCCAGCGUGCAGGGUUACGGAAGCAGCUCCUUUGUUGUAGCCACUGCAGAGGCAGAUUCCGGGUUUGUGAAGCUGCGAUCUCCUGCAGGGAUCACCGGGGUGACGGGAGCUCACCAGAAGACCUUGUCACGACCCACUUUACAGCGGCUUUGUAUCGACAAGAGCUACAGCAGCAAGUACUAGUUGGAACUCUGUUUGAAGUGUUCCCAUGCACGUCUAAGUGGCCGUCCCAAGUGUAUGUGCUCACCCUGUGUUUAUGCACACACACUUGUGUGCGGGUCCGUGUGUGCAUCACACCAUGUAUAUGUGAACCUAUGAGAGAGAGAUAAGAGGGGGGAGGUGGGGGGGGUGGGGGGAGACCAAAAGACAGGUCAGGAUGAGAGUGAGAGACAGGAGGGGGAUGCAUGUGUGUGGAGCUGCGGGAGGCCAUGAAGAGGAGGGAGAGGGGAUACAGGACGCGGGGAAGGUACUAUGGAGCUGCUGUUUCCAGUCUACGAGAUGUGCAUUGAAUGAUCCUCCUGCAUUUGGAGUUUUGGGUGUGGGUGAUGCACUUAGGAGAGUGCAUUUGUCGUUGUCAAGAAGCACACUCGUGUUCGAUGGGAAUAAGAGAAAAAGUGGGUGGGUGGGUGGGUGGGUGGGUGGGUUUUCUGUGAUCGUGAAGGUGCUUGGGGGAGUGGAGGGAUUGGAACUAGCCACCGACCUGCUGUCGAGGAUUGCUCAGGUGCUUGCUGAUCAAGGAGUUAAAACCGCCAGUUCACCCCAAGCAGAUCGGGCCUCUUUCCGGUUUAUGCGGUAGGAGCUCUUCGAUUCAGCCGUGGGCCAGCACUGAACGUGGCAGGCCACUUUGAAAACGUGCGGUCACAGGCUCACAAGCCUUGGAAGGUAGCCUCGUCAACUAUAGCCCCGUGCAAACUGGUGGUUUAAACUUUAAACCACUAGUACACGACCCCAGCCUUGCAGUCUGGACUUGUCAUCACAAGAAAACGAGGCCGAGACGUCAAACGCUCGGCCUGCCGUUCAUAAAUUGGAUCGGCGGCGGUCGUGUUUUCGUUCCGUGCUUCCAGAAUUCGAGGUGUCACGCCCAUGGCCCAGGUGCCCAUGUACUGGUGGUUUAAGCGUGCUCAACAACAUGAGAUGAGACGUCUUUCAUCUAUUCGGUACUGAUUCCGGUCCUUCUGGGCAAGAAAUGCCCCCAUCAUCAUCGUCAUCAUCGUCAUCGUCAUCAUCAUCAGUAGUGAACAAAAUGAAGGUGGGCAUUUAACUCCUGGUUAUGUAAUGGGUUAUCAAUGAUCCUGCACCUUGAGUCUUACAGAGAAUGCUGUUUUGAUAGGAAUGAACUACAUUGUCAUGCAGGCUGUCACAGCCAUUGUGAGGUUUAUCGGCGAAUGGAGUGUACAGGCAGGCAGGUAUUCUUCAGUUGGGAAAACAAUUCGGGCGCGUCGGGCACUUGCUCACAGGGAUGGCCCUGUGGUGAAGGAACCAAAUGCUUAGCAAUGAACGUAGUAUGCCAGCGAAUUGUGUUGGCUUUUUUAUUGUGCAUCUCAUGUCAACACAAUUGUACAUCAUGGGGCAGGCAACACACUGUGCUGGCUGCACUUGGAAACUCUAUGUGGAGAUGCUGUGUUGAUAUUAUUGUGUGUGUAUAUUCACUCUCAUUUGCAGCCACUUCCACUUCUUCUUCUUCUUCUUCUUCUGCUACUUCUUGAGAUGUGAAUCUUCUGAUUCCUAAUGGAGCAGAGGGGGACAUCAAAUCAAAUUAUAUAUUAAUUUUAACUAUUGGUAGCCUUAGAAUGACUAGUUUCGAUGUAUUUCUCCUUUCCUCCUUUUUUUUUUCCACAGGGGCCAUGUUAAUCUUCUCUGUAUCGUUCCAAUUUUCACGGAUGUCCGGACGGACUUGCUGUAUUACCACCCUUUGUUCAUGCCCCCAUUCUCAAUUUUGGUCUGGGUUUACGUAAAUUCACUCGUUCGAUUCCAUUCGGGAUUCGAACUCAGGUCGGUCUUUCGACAGUUCGUGGGUUUUGCCAAAUCAGUAAGGCCAGUUAGUGCUUAGUUAUUAGUUACCCUACCUUUUCACUGUUGAGGAUUAGAAGGGAGAGAGUGGAGAAGCUGGCCAACAAGGGAGUUACAGUCAUCAGGCGAUGGAAGAGUGUCGGAGGAGAUAUAGAGGGGGUUGGAAAGGAUGUGCACGUGGGUGGAUUAAGGAGGAGCACUACCAUCGUCACGACUCGUCAGGUGGAUUUUUUUUGCUCGUACGGGUAUCCGUCGUGCAGCCAACUUGAAGAAAGGUUACAAAAAAGAAAGGGAAUGCUAAAAGAAGGAAAAGUAUCAGAGGCACAGCUGUCCCCUCCCCCCCCCCAAAUGGCCGCGACCGGGGCCCUGUUUGAAGGGAGGAAAUUGAGACCACAGGUGUUAUAUUCUCCGCAGCUUUUGCUACCCUCAAAUGCAGAUCCUAUUUCGAAAGCGAAUUCAGAGAGGGCAGAGUUGUGUGUUCCCAAGAUGGCUUCUGUGCGGAAUCCUGUUCAAUGGCCUGCAGGGUUGGCAGGGCUGGAAAAGAGAGUGGCGUGGCAGGCAGGCAGGUUCCGAAAACCACGCCAAGGUGGAGCCGCGGCUGUGCGUGCAAAAUGGCUGCCGGACAUACUCCUGUACAAUGUGGCCUGAACGCGCCGAAAUCGCCGAAAUGGGAUGUGUGGUGAUUAUUCUCUGAAGCGGACAGCGGACAGGUUCAGAAAACCGAGGCAAGGCGAAGCCCCAGCUGUUCUUGCAAAAGUGGCUGCUGGACGGAUAUCGUGUACAAUGGCCUGAACAGGUCAAAAUUACCUAAAUGGGAACGGCGGUGAUUAUUCUUUGAAGCAGGCUUCAGUCCUUUGGCAUGCAGGUUCACAAGCCAAGGUGGCGGGAUUCACGACUUUCCCAAAAUAGGCCAGGAGGUAGCGGCAGCUUUAACUGCUACCACGGGUCGAAAAGUCGGGCCAAUCCCCAACGACGGGAAAAGGAACCUGUGGCCUUUGGAUCGGCAAUCGGCAAUCCAAUUGACCAACUGAAAAGGAACGGACCUUCUAAUUAACCAGGGCCGCGGUAGUAAAAGGGAGCGGCAGUUUAAGAAGCGCAUCUAGCGUAUGACAUGCCUAGGUCAGCUUUUUUACUGUGAUGUGAUAUAAGCUGACGUCAGUCGGUCAAUCUCAUUGUUUCCCAAACAGGUGCAUGGUACACAGCCACCAUCCCAGUCCUUAGUGGGAUGGUAAAGUUUCGAUAUGAGAUCAUGUAUUCCAAUUGCGUGGUGGCAGUUGAAGUGAGUACUUGGGAAAUAAUUUUGUGAUGGGUCUAGCCCCUCAAAG